GGACGGCUGUGCAGUCAAAGAGCCGGGACAGCGAAGCGCCGGCGGGUCGCAGCUGGAUCGCAGGCGCCUGGGAACUGUGAGCUGGAAAGACCGCUGAAGCCCAGGUCCGGCAGAGGAAGGAAGCGAGCCGCUCCGGAGGUCAAGCUGGGAGUGGAGUGUGGCAGUAAAAGCAGACGACAGAUGGACAGUGUGACAAGAACGUCAGAGAGGAUUGGGCCUCGUUGCGAGAGUCAGCCUGGAGUCAAGGUGUUGACAAGCCGCUGAGAAGGACAGCAGGGAGGACCGUGGCAGGCAGAGGGAGUAGAGCCCUGUCUUCAGUCACACCAUUGAUGGAGGACAGAUGGACAGCCGGACGGCCAGCCACCUCUCUUAAACCUUUGGAUAGCGGUCCUUCGUCCUCUGCCGGCCACCCGACAGGGAUUUCAGCCCAUUCUCCGAACUUGCUUUCCCUCAACACGUAAACUCGGACUGCAGUGUCCAAGCAGAUUCCUCUGUUGCGGGUGACAGGGCUGCAAACAUGAGUGCCGAGGGAUACCAGUACAGAGCGCUGUAUGACUACAAGAAGGAGAGAGAGGAGGACAUCGACCUGCACUUGGGUGACAUACUAACUGUGAAUAAAGGGUCCUUAGUGGCACUCGGAUUCAGUGAUGGACAGGAAGCCCGGCCUGAAGAUAUUGGCUGGUUAAACGGCUACAAUGAAACCACCGGGGAGAGGGGAGACUUUCCAGGAACAUAUGUUGAAUAUAUUGGAAGGAAAAGAAUUUCACCUCCCACUCCCAAGCCCCGGCCCCCUCGACCUCUUCCUGUUGCACCAGGUUCUUCAAAAACUGAAGCAGACACUGAGCAACCAGCUUUGACCCUUCCCGAUCUGGCUGAGCAGUUUGCCCCUCCUGAUGUUGCCCCACCUCUCCUUAUCAAGCUUGUGGAAGCCAUCGAGAAGAAAGGACUGGAAUGUUCGACUCUAUACAGAACACAUUGCUCCAGCAACCCUGCAGAAUUACGACAGCUUCUUGAUUGUGAUGCCGCCUCAGUGGACUUGGAAAUGAUUGAUGUACAAGUUUUAGCAGAUGCUUUCAAACGCUAUCUCUUGGACUUACCAAAUCCCGUCAUUCCAGUAGCUGUUUACAAUGAAAUGAUGUCUUUAGCCCAAGAAGUACAAAGCUCUGAAGACUACAUCCAACUAUUGAAGAAGCUCAUUAGGUCGCCUAAUAUACCUCAUCAGUAUUGGCUUACGCUUCAGUAUUUGCUUAAACAUUUCUUCAAGCUCUCUCAAGCCUCCAGCAAAAAUCUUUUGAAUUCAAGAGUACUCUCUGAGAUUUUCAGCCCUGUGCUUUUUAGAUUCCCAGCAGCCAGCUCUGAUAAUACUGAACACCUCAUAAAAGUGAUAGAGAUUUUAAUCUCAACUGAAUGGAAUGAACGACAGCCAGCACCAGCACUGCCCCCUAAGCCACCCAAGCCCACUACUGUAGCCAACAACGGCAUGAACAACAAUAUGUCCUUACAGGAUGCUGAAUGGUACUGGGGAGACAUCUCAAGGGAAGAAGUGAAUGAAAAACUCCGAGAUACAGCUGACGGCACCUUUUUGGUACGAGAUGCGUCUACUAAAAUGCACGGCGAUUAUACUCUUACACUAAGGAAAGGAGGAAAUAACAAAUUAAUCAAAAUAUUUCACCGAGAUGGAAAAUAUGGCUUCUCUGAUCCAUUAACCUUCAACUCUGUGGUUGAACUAAUAAACCACUACCGGAAUGAGUCUCUAGCUCAGUACAACCCCAAGCUAGAUGUGAAGCUACUCUACCCAGUGUCCAAGUACCAGCAGGAUCAAGUUGUCAAAGAAGAUAAUAUUGAAGCUGUAGGGAAAAAGUUACAUGAAUAUAAUACUCAAUUUCAAGAAAAAAGUCGGGAAUACGAUAGAUUAUAUGAAGAAUACACCCGUACUUCCCAGGAAAUUCAAAUGAAAAGAACAGCUAUUGAAGCAUUCAAUGAAACCAUAAAAAUAUUUGAAGAACAAUGCCAGACCCAGGAGCGGUACAGCAAGGAAUACAUAGAAAAGUUUAAGCGUGAAGGCAACGAGAAAGAAAUUCAAAGGAUCAUGCAUAACUAUGAUAAGCUAAAGUCUCGCAUCAGUGAGAUCAUUGACAGCAGGAGGAGAUUAGAGGAAGACUUGAAGAAGCAGGCAGCCGAAUACCGCGAGAUUGACAAGCGCAUGAACAGCAUUAAGCCAGACCUCAUUCAGCUGAGAAAGACAAGAGACCAAUACUUGAUGUGGCUGACGCAGAAAGGGGUUCGGCAGAAGAAGUUGAACGAGUGGCUGGGAAAUGAAAACACCGAAGACCAAUACUCCCUGGUGGAAGACGAGGAGGACUUGCCCCACCACGAUGAAAAGACAUGGAAUGUUGGCAGCAGCAAUCGAAACAAAGCCGAGAGUCUAUUACGAGGGAAGCGAGAUGGCACUUUUCUUGUCCGGGAGAGCAGCAAGCAGGGCUGCUACGCCUGCUCUGUAGUGGUAGAUGGCGAAGUCAAGCAUUGUGUCAUCAACAAGACUGCCACCGGCUAUGGCUUUGCCGAGCCCUACAACCUGUACAGCUCCCUGAAGGAGCUGGUGCUACAUUACCAACACACGUCCCUCGUGCAGCACAAUGACUCCCUCAAUGUCACACUAGCAUACCCGGUAUAUGCACAACAGAGGCGAUGAAGCGAGCGCUGCCCUCAGAUCCAGUUCCUCACCUUCAAGCCACCCAAGGCCUCUGGGAAGCAAAGGGCUCCUCUCCAGCCCGACCUGUGAACUGAGCUGCAGAAACGAAGCCGGCUGUCUGCACGUGGGACUAGAGCUUUCUUGGACAAAAAGAAGUCGGGAAGACACGGCAGCCUAGGGCUGUUGGAUGACUAGACAUUUCUAACCUUAUCCUUUUUCUUUUUUUUUUUUUUUAAUUUAAAGCCACAACACACAACCAACACACAGAAAAAGAAAUGCAAAAAUCUCUCCGUGCAGGGACAAAGAGGCCUUUAACCAUGGUGCUUGUUAAUGUUUUCUGAAGCUUUACCAGCUACAAGUUGGAACUUUGGAGACCAGAAGGUAGACAGGGCUGAAGAACCUGUGCCUGGGACCGCUUGGUCCAGCCUGGUUUAGCCUGGGUGUCGCUGGGUGUGGUGAACCCAGACACGUCGCACUGUGGGUUAUUUCCUUUUUAAUGAACGUACGAUGUGGAACAGAGAGGCAUGUCUGCUCUCACAGGACACUUUGAGAGAACAUUGAUGCAGUAUGUUCAGAGGAAAAACAAAAACACCAGAAAACGUUUUGCUUAAAACUUGUCAAAUCAACAACCAACAACCCACCAACAGACAAAGGAGUGUGGACAGGGAACUUAAAAUGACAUUCAGUAUAUAAAAUAUGUACAUAUUAGUGGGUGACUAACUAUCAAAUAGAUGGAUUUGUAUCAAUACCAAAUAGCUUCUGUUUUGUUUUGCUGAAGGCUAAACGUGCAGUGCUAUGCAAUUCUUACUUUUUAUUACGUUGUUACCAGUUUCAAACACACCUUCAGAAGAAGCUUUCCCUCAUCCCAGUUUUUGUUGCUUGAAAAUAUUGUCCCUCGUUUUUUGUUAAUAUUUGUUUUGUUAUUCUUACCUUUUUUUUUUUUCUUAAGAAAUGUACAGGAUGCCAGAAAGGAAAAUGGCUUAAGAAUUAAAACUAUGAAAUAUUUUACAGUUUUUCUUGUACAGAGUACUUGGCUGAUAGCCCAAGGUUAAAAAAGUUCAUAACAGAUUUUUUUUUGACUAAAUGUUGGGCAGGGCCUGAUAAGCUUUGAAGCUGCUUUAUUCAAUAAAAAAGAAAAAGAAAAUGAUAUAUGAUGUGACAAAGUAUUGCUGAGUCCAACAGUGUUGUUUUAAGACUCUUGAAAUACGGUACCUGGCAAUGUUUGUUUCCUAAUGAAUUGUGAACUCCUUGAAUCUGGAGGGGGGAAGGUAGCCAUGGGUUGUAACAGGUGGGAGGGGGGCGGGUUGGGAGCGGGUAAGGUGGUGUGCACUUUCUGGGGAUUCCAGAGAAGGGGAGAAGUGAGGCUGCAACUCCAGAACUACUGUAACUCCAUCACAGCGUAGCUGCCAGCAUCUCUCUCCUCAUGAAAGAAGUGCUGAGUUUGUUUUGGGGUUCCUGGAAUGCGCUCUGUUUGUUGUUGUUGAACACACUGGUCUCAAGGUUGAAUCCCUGCAUUUAGAAAAUGUGUUCUUCCUCCUUUUAAUAUUGGAUUAGCCACAGCAGCCACCAACCAUUCAUUUUAACAAAAGCAUGGUCCGAAAGGCAAUCCUUUUGGUUGGACGUUUUGUUAUCUUCCUGGCUCUCCAUUCACUUUAGAACGUAAAGCGAGUCGACCCAAGUGGAUGGUCCCAGCGCUUUGUCGAAACAGUUAAAAGAGACGCAAAUGGCAGUUCUCAUGCACAUGUUGUGCAUGUUGUACUUCAUGGUGAGGAAAGGGAGCAGGAGAUGGCAUCUUUAAGAGAGUGUUCAAGUUUCGCUACGCUGAUGUGCGUGUGCAGAAACUGGCGUGUUCAUUGGGAAUUGUCAUGUGCUGUGAAGAGCAGAGGCUAACCGAAGUCAGUCGCCGCCCUGGUAGAUUCAGAGAGCACCUUCAGCUUCAUUUCCCCUUUCUCAGUAUUAGACACGCCCACAACUUUAUUUCUCUUCCCUUUCUAGACCAAGGUGAAGGUAUUUGUGUCUUUUGCUUUUGUUGUUUUCAGCUUUUGGAAUUUGCAGCCUGGUGGCUGGGUUAAUGGUCUGUAGAAUGUAUUUUUUUUUUCUUCCUAUGAAGCCACUGCUCAUCCUCACAAGGAAAAGUUCGUCAGCCAAACUGUGAGCCCGCAGACUUGACCCUUCUAACCUGACCACGUCCUUACUGCCAGGCAAUUGAUGAUUUCCUGGGUUUACUCUGGGCUUUGCAAACUCCAGUGGUAGCAUUCUGCCAUGCCACAUAAGACUGAACAGUUAAUAGUUGUUUGUAAGCUAGAUUUGUGGUUGGAGUUUGCUUUUCUUUUCCUUUUCUUUUUUAAGUAGCACAUCAUGUAUGCUAUCCCAUACAAACAACUUUCAUUUUAAUUUUUAAAAUAGAUCUGAGAUUAGCCAUUCCAUUACAAGUUCUGUUGGUGGCUUUUCUUCAACACUCUUUGCAAGAUGACUUGCAAAAAUGUCUCAUCUCACGAACUUUGGUACAAUAGAUUUUCCAUUGGUCAGAAGGCGGAAGUCAUUUUUCUACACAAUAGUGAAUCAUGUCGCACCUGUCCUGCUGAGUGCCUUUUUGAUGACAGGUUAGUAUGCCACCAACUCUGUCCUUAGAGAAGUCUGAUCACUAAGUUUCUGUGAUCCUCAAGGCAGUCAUCCAGUAGCAUCCAUUGAGUGGCUCAUAAAUGCAGCUGGAUACAGCACUCCUGAUAUGGAAGCAUCCCCACAUAGUUUUUCUCACCAACUGUCACACCUUAAAGACAGCCAGACACUAAGCUGCUGAGAGGCUGAGCUAGACUAAAGCAGUGGGCGGGUUGGGACCACAUAUCCCACACCAGAGCGGUCAUAACCACAUGAAAAGGCAGCAAGCAUAUGUUUGCAACUUUCGACAACUUCAUGGCCCUGGAUAUAUGUAUAUAUGUAUAUGUGCAUGGACUGUGUUUUCAGUACACCUUUCAGCCACGCAGAUCCACAGUCAAGUUCAAGUACAUAGCAAGCAGGUGUCUAGUACAGUCUUGUAUAUGUGUGUGGGCUUUUUUUUCCCCUUUGAUGUUGCUUCGUUUUGUCUUAUAAAGGUGAAAAUUGUUGGCAAAUGAAGUGAGAAGUUCAUCAUUUGACAUUUUUCUGUUUUUAGAAGCUAUGCCCUUUCAGGGAGCAGGUCUGGAUGAUUUGCUUACCUGACAUAUAUUCGCUUUCAGUGUUGUCAAGUCAGAGUGUGUUUCUGUAAGCUGUCAGUGUGAGGAACCAAUCCCUUUGUCAAGUAUCUGGUUAUGAAGUAGUAAUGUGGUUGGGAAGCCCUACUGUUGUUCCUUAUUGGGAGAAAGUUCCUGCUGGUUUUCCCAACUGUGCUUUUUGCAAUGCAUGGUAUCUAAGUCAGUUGGAAAAGUGGGCGUUGCUGUCUGUUUGAAUUUAGGGUCAUUUAAGAAAGGGGCAGUUAAAAGCACAAUGCCUCACAUGGGACAAAGUUCCAAAAUGCCAAAUUCUCCUGUUUUUUGUUUUGUUUUUUUUUACAAAAAUCUAUAGUUAUAUAUAAAAUAACUAGUAGUGAGGGUAGGGAGGAAGUGGCUCAUCGAACAGACUCUCCAACUUCACACUGAACUUGUCACCAUGUGAUAGCAUUGGCUGCCCAGGAUGCUGCUAUUUAAGAAAAAAAAAAAGCAAAACAAAAAAUGAAACCCACCCUCACUUAUAUGUGUGUAUUUUUUAAAGCUACACUCUGUUCAAUGUUUUUACGAAUCUGUUUAUAUGACAUUGCUAAAAUAAAGUUGGUCUUUUGACGAGAGGGAGGAUGUCAUGGUCAGUUGUGAUUUUGCCUUUACAAGGCAACUGGGGUGGGGGGAGGGAGUGUGCCUCCUUGACAUUUGUUCAAGUUAUAGAUUCAGUGAAGCUAUGUAUUGUUUUAAGUUGCUUAAUGCAUUGUAUUAGGUCCUCAAACAGAAUAAAGGUUGUUUUGAAACUUAA